CUGCCUUCUUCUCUCUCUCUCUCUCUCCUCUUUUAUAUCUUUCACGGAAUACAUCCACACACUCACUCUACCCAAACAUUGUUUUUUAGUACACCUAUUUAACCGAAUAGAAAACAUAUAUGCAGAGCCUGUGAAAAAAGAAGAAAAAAAAAAUUGUUCAUCGUCAAUAUGGAGAAGAACAAAUAAUUAACGAAAGAGAGAAAAAAAUAUUCUGCCCCUAACUUUCUCUCUCUAGAACUAAAUCCAAUCCGAUGAAGGGCGGCGGCGGCGGCGGAGGAUUAGUUUGGAGAGCGUUAUUGGCGAGCGUGCUAACGUGCGCCGCCCUCCGUACGACGUCGUCAGAUCCGAGCGACGAGGCGUGCCUGACUCACCUGAGCGAGUCGAUACAGGACCCGACUCGGUCGCUCCAGAACUGGACGAAGGCGACCUUCGCCAACCCCUGCAACGGCUUCACCUCGUACCUCCGGGGCGCGACCUGCAACAAUGGCCGAAUCUACAAGCUCUCUCUCACUAACCUCUCUCUGCGCGGCUCAAUCUCCCCGUACCUCGCCAACUGCACCAAUCUCCAGGCCCUCGACCUCUCCUCCAACGCGCUCACCGGCCCUAUCCCGACCGACUUGCAAUACCUCGUCAAUCUCGCAGUCUUGAACCUCUCGUCGAACCGCCUCAACGGGCCCAUUCCUCCGCAGCUCACAAUGUGCGCUUACCUCAACGUGAUCGACCUCCACGACAACCUUCUGACGGGGCAGAUUCCGCAGCAAUUGGGACUUCUGCUACGCCUCUCCGCCUUCGACGUGUCCAACAACCGCCUGUCGGGGCCAAUCCCCGCCACGCUCACCAACCGGAGCGGGAACUUGCCGAAGAUCAACGCGUCGUCGUUUGAGGGGAACAAGGAUCUGUACGGCUACCCGCUCCCCCCGCGCCAGAAACAAAAGGGGCUUUCGGUGCUUGCGAUUGUUGGGAUCGGAUUGGGGAGUGGGUUCGCGAGCUUGGUUCUCAGCUUCACUGGGGUUUGCAUUUGGUUGAAGAUCACGGAGAGAAAAAUGGCUCUUGAUGAGGGAAAGAUCAGUCAACUCAUGCCUGAUUAUUGAAACUCGUCAGAAUUUCAGGUAUAUUUUAGGAGAUUUCUUUUGUCUAGAUUAUAUAAUGUUUCUCGAACGAUUUCUGGGGGUUUUUUUUUGUGGGUUAUCUUUUUACUGAUCUUUGCGGGGGAUUUUCAUCUUUUUUUUUUUUUUAAAGCUUUGGUUCUCCAUAAUUCUUAUUCUCAACAAUCUACAGUGUAUAAAAACCAAUUCAAACACUUUAAUCUCAGUCAAAUAGUGCACCUCCCUCUCUUUUUUUUUUUUUUUAAUUUUUCUUUUCUGACGAUGUAACGCUUAGAAAGGGUAUAGUGUAAAUGUAAUGUCAUUGUUGAUGUUGUUCUCUGUCUCUCUUUUUCAUCUGGUUGAAAUUGGAACUAUUGGGUGAGAACUGUACGUUUUUUUUUUU